GGCGAAACGCAAUAAACGAAUGUACGCCUGCUCGACGAUCCUGAUCUAACCCGCAAAAGUAACGUAUUAUCGUUAUACACGUAACAUUUGCGCGCGUGUCACGGUAGCGUCUCGGAUUAGAUCGAACGCUGUUGGAUCGAUUGGCAGUGCUUGGCUCCGUCUGUCACAGUCCGUCACGGAAUCGCCGAGGACGCGGGGACGUCGCGUCGCAUGCGCCCGCGACGUUUAGGUUAGGUGAUCGUUGUUUGAUCGUCGCUUCGUUCCGGCAGAUAGGUCGAAAGAAUGGCUGACAUCAAGCAAGAUCACAAGGGCGAGGACGUCGAGAGUUACGGGAUGGGUAACAGCACCGACCCGAAGAACAUGCAGGAGCUGACGCAAUACGUGAGUCGUGUUUACAUGCCGGAUGACGGCGCGUCCGAGGACGCGUCGCGACGCUGCGUUGACGGCUCUGACAAGCAUGACGGAGCUUCUCCUUUGCAGGUACAAACGCUGCUGCAGAAGAUGCAGGACAAGUUCCAAACGAUGUCGGAUCAGAUCAUAGGGAGAAUAGAUGAGAUGGGCAACAGAAUAGACGAUCUGGAAAAGAACAUCGCAGAUCUAAUGACACAAGCGGGAGUCGAAGGUGGUGAUAAAUAGGCUCAUCCCUUUCUUCAAUAUACUAAUAAUCUAACAAGUGACCACUCAUCCAAAGUAUCUAGCCAUACAUAUUAUCAUGUGGAGAUAAGCAUGCAUGAGACAUCCUUUUGUUAUAUUAUAAAAUAAACUUACACUUUUCUA